UGUUGUCACCUCUGAGUGAGGUGUCACAUAAAAUGUGAGGUAUAACAUAAAAUGUACUUAUCUUGCCUGUUCUUCCAAUUCCUCUUAAGAUAUGUGUAUAAGCACAUGAAAGUUAUCAGGUUUUAUUUCCUAUAUUCACUGUGGUAUUUUUUCAUAUAUAUAUCCAUACAUUAGACAACCUUUUAUCUAUAUAAAAUUUACUAAUUUGACACGAUGAACAUCACAAAAUAACUCUAACACAAUCUUUGUACCAUCUUUAUACCACUGGGAACAGUUAUCCAGUCUGUCCUACCAGUCACAGUACUCUUCCCCAGAAGGCAGAACCAAUGGGAGCUCUCUCCAUGACCACCAGUUUAUCCCAGACUGUGGAUGCUACUGUCUCCAACCUACUGCUAGCAGCAGCCCUCCUAAUCAUCCAGCUCUUACCAAAGUCAGGAGCUACGAGAUUCGAGCCAGCAGAGGGUGGCGCCGUAGCAGCUGUUACAGGAGCUGGAACAGCUGUUACAGGAGUGUUACAGGACACCUGGUACCCCUCUUGCUCUGUCAUGCUCCUCACCGACCCCACCUCCUCACCAGCACAGAUCCUCAAGGAGUUUGCAGAUGCAGGCUCGCCAUGGGGGGUUGUAGUUCUGCGAGCAAGUAAGCCAGGGCAAGCCAACGACACCACACUCACCUCACCACUACCCAACCUCAUACGCUACGCCAGACAGGUGCACUCCAACGCAUAUUAUAUCACCAGGUAUGUACACUAUGUGCGUCUGCUGUACCCUUGCGUGAGCCUGGUGGUACUCAGCGAUGACCUCGCCUUCUGGACCUCUUUCGGGGACCUCAGCUUGGCUGGACGCCUCCUUGUCUGGGAAACAAGGCUUGUGUGUGCAACCAGCUUGCCCCUGGAGACUGUGAGAGUCCUGGCCGCCGCCCACUGGAUCUACGCUAUGAUGAAUACUGUCAUCCUAGUCAGGGAGACGCCACUCACCCACCCACCCAGGUGUAUCAUUGGAAUUAAGCCAUAUUACUUGGCUUUCCUGGGUUAUUGUAUAAAUCAUGACAGGUGGUGUGUAUAUCAUGACAGGUGGUGUGUAUAUCAUGACAGGUGGUGUGUAUAUCAUGACAGGUGGUGUGUAUAUCAUGACAGGUGGUGUGUAUAUCAUGACAGGUGGUGUGUAUAUCAUGACAGGUGGUGUGUAUAUUAUGACAGGUGUGUAUAUCAUGACAGGAGGUAUGUAUAUCAUGACAGGUGGUGUGUAUAUCAUGACAGGUGGUGUGUAUAUUAUGACAGGAGGUAUGAAUGUCAUGACAGGUGGUGUGUAUAUCAUGACAGGUGGUGUGUGUAUCAUGACAGGUGGUGUGUAUAUAUCAUGACAGGUGGUGUGUGUGUAUAUCCUGACAGGUGGAGAGUGUACAGCUACGCUCCAUACACUCAACAGGGAGCCCAGCUGGUAAAGGUAGCCAGCUUGUGGCCAGCUGGGAGUAUACACCUCCUCCCUGGACACACACUCUUUCAAUCUAAGUUCUCCAACUUUCACAGAGCUAAGGUGAAUGUGACAGCACUGCCCUACAAGCCCUACUGGGACGAGGUGGUGGUGGAGGCUGACAGUGGGUCGUCCUCAGGAGGUACCAAGAAAUACUCUGGCUCAGACAGACUCAUGCUGGAGGCUAUAGCACAAACACUCAAUUUCACCAUCCACGUCCUCCCAGUACAGUCUUGGCAGGAGGUAGUGACCCUGGUGGAGGAGAGAGUGUCGUUCGUUGCAUCAGUGGUUCACCUGAUCCUCCAGAACAGGAUAGAGAGAUACAGCUUCACCAGCACGUACGAGCACAGCAUCAAUCUGGGCUUCGCCAUGGCUAAGCCAUCCCUCAGGCCUCAGUGGCAGUCUCUCUACUAUCCUCUGGCAGACGGGGUGUGGGCUACUAUCCUCUUCCUCCUCCUCAUUAUGCCUCCAGUCUUCUACCUGGUGAGCUGAGUCGAUUGUGAGAUGCGGGUUGGCAACACAGUGUUGGUGGUGGUGGGUGCCUUGUUUGGGCAGCCCAUGCAGAGGGGUCUGCCCACCAGCACUACCUGGCGGGGGCUGCUGGCGGCCUGGCUGGUCUUCACCUUCAUCGUCACCACCGCAUACCGGGGCAACCUCAUAGCUUUCCUCUCCCUGCCCAAGUACCCGCCCCGCCCGGAGACUCUCCAGCACCUCGUCACCGUUGUUAACAGGAUCACCAUGCCGUCCUACGGCUCCGAGUUUCUUAAUUUCCUGCGCGAGUCAGAGUCUCCUACCUUCCGUGCCUGGGGAGAACUAAUGACUGUAGGAGUGUCUGUCACUGAGGGUCUUCACCAAGCACUCCGUAAGAGACAGGCUCAUGUAGACGGUCGACGGUACCUGGAACUUGUGAUAGCUGAGAGUUUCACUGAUGCUGACGGAGAGACGGCACUGUACGUUGGGAGAGAGGGCGUCCUACCAGGAUUCAACGCCUGGCCCAUCCCUCACGACGCACCUUACAAGGACGCCUUCGACAGAGUCAUUAAUGUUGUCAUCGAGAGUGGCCUUUACAACAAGUGGAUGGCUGAUAUACUGGCUCAGACACGACGGGAGGCGCAGCAGAAGCGCAAACUUGAACAGGCGUCGCAGACGAAGGUGGAGGCUGCUGCCGGAUCAUCUAAAGGAGUGAACCAGUCACUCACCCUGGUGCACCUGCAGGGACCCCUGCUGCUCCUCCUGCUGGGGCUUCUCGCUGCCUCCCUCGCCUUCAUCGUGGAGGUCGGCCUCAUGAGGUUCUGGCGGCGUGGAACGUGAAGCUGCCUGAUGCUCACUCCCAGGCUGUACUUCCUUAAACACUGUAUCGGCACGUAUAACCACAGAAAAUAACUGCAAAAGUACCACAGAUGAGUGUUGGUCACUGUGGUCUAUGUUGCAAGCCUCUCUCCACACCUCUCAACAAAAUUAUUUUUGAAAUUAAUA